AUUGGCUCUGAAACGUGUAAAAUGAAACAAAAUCUGCAAAAUGGUUGUCUGCCGUACGAUGUUUCAACUAUAACCUCGUCUUCAUCAGAUCCACCUGCUAGACAGUAUGCAAUCAAUAAUAAUAAGAGCAAAUCAAGAUUUUCAAUAUCUUCAACACCAUCUCCAUUAUUGCCUCUACGGAAUGAUUCUUACAGAGGGAACAAUACUAAUACUCUUACCAAUAAUAAUAAUAAUAACAAUAAUAAUACUAGUUUACUUAAUGGGAAAGAUAAACUUGAUGAAUAUAGAAGGAAUAGCAGUGGUACUAUUACGAAUUCUAAGAAUAACAGUCAUACUACACAAAACGGUGGUAUACACAAACGACUGUCGUUUUUGUUUAAAUUACGUAAAAGUACCGUUAAUCGAGAAAGCAAACCAAAUGAUGGCGACGACAAUAUUAAUAACAAUAAUAAUAAUAAAGCAAGGCAGCUAUCAGAGGGUUUCAAAAGUGACACCAGUGCUACUGAACAGCUUUGUCAGCAAGACGAACCAAGGAAGCAAACGAUGAUUACACAACAAGAUCCAUCAUCAUGUAAUCAUCAAUUGAACCCAUUGAAUCCACCUAUACAUGGUCAUUUGGAUAAUCCUGGUACAAUUAUUUUAAUGUCUCUCAGUGAUCUGUUACACCAGUGUAUGGAUUAUACAAAUGUUUAUCCGGAUCGUUUGAAGUAUAUUCAUCAACUUAGAAAACAUUUUCCAGAGUUACGAUUAUUUCUCAAGAGUCAAGCGAUGCAACCAGAUGUCCCUAUUCUAUCAUUAUUUCUUACUUUACCGUUAGAGAUUCCGAGAUAUUUGUUAUCGGAAUUAAAAAACAUUGAGAAAUAUACAAGUGCUCAACAUAAAGAUAGACCAGCUCUUGAAAAAUGCAUUCAAGCUCUAAAUGAAGCACUGAACAACCAGUCGUCCCCGAUCCCUCCCAACGACAUAGACAGUGUCAAUAAUUUAAUUUUAAAAGAUGUGUUAUCUUUCCAACACUCAACAUCACCAUCUACUGGUGGUGAGGCGGUAGACAACGCAGACUCACCUGUCGUCUAUCCGAAGAAAAGCGUCACUGAGAAUACACAAUUAGCCAAACUGAUGAAGUAUCUGCUACCACCACUAUUUCCAUAUCCAAACGAUUCAGAAACAUUCAGUCCAUCUGAAUGGUCUUCAGUUAAUCAUCAUAUCAUUUAUAAAAGUUAUCUUUUAUGCACUUUGUGCUCAAAACAAUAUCCUGAUUUAAUUAAAGAGGAUGUAUCCUAUCGUGGUCCUGUUUUUGCAUAUUUACUAAAUGAUGCCCUACUAUUAGUUGUCUCUGAAAAAGAUGUCCUUGAAACUUGUCGACCAUCCUGUUUAGCUUAUGAACCCAUACUCCUCGAUUCGAUUGCUUUUCAGGAUUAUGAAAUAUCAGCUUUAUCAUUUAUGCUAAAACUUAAAAAUGGCACAACAUUUCAAUUCGAUUGUACAACAUUUGAAAUUAAACUAGUUUGGAAGACUCUUAUUGAACAACAGAUGACAACCAAAUAA